AUGCGGCUUCUUUCCCUCCUUUCGCUCACACUAGUAGCCAGCGCUGCCUCGAUAGGAGAGCGCGCAAAUUGUGAUAUACAUGCCAGCACUGCAGAGUUCGCAACAUCGAGGAGAGCACUGGUGGAUGCUAGACUCGUACCUGAGACACCAGCCCAGUUCCAACCCACGGGCAGCAAUGUCAACUUGAUCCCAAGUUUCAACCCGACAGCCCUGCUCAACGUGACUUAUGGUCAAAAAAUUGUGAGACUCGGCAACUCGUUUUCGACUCUGGAGACUGUACAAGCCCCAUCAAUUACUUUUACUGCAGAACAGGGACAUGACCCAUUCACAACCAAAUACACAAUUAUCAUGGCAGAUCCAGAUGCUCCGGACCCGGCUCUUCCGAUUCUAGGCAGCGCCCUACACGAAAUCAUCUCAGAUGCUCAACCUGAGUGCGUGACGAGCCAAAUGCGUAAGGAGGUAGCUUCGUACAAGUCUCCGACGCCACUGGGACUUCCUCCUCACCGAUACACAUUCCUUGUCUAUCGUCAGCCAGCUGGCUAUGUUCCGCCAGCAGAGAAUCAAGCUCUGCUGUUUAAUGUUACGCAGUAUGCUACUGAGCAUGGGCUGCAGGGCCCUGUUGCUGGGAACUUUUUUCGCGAGGGAUUGGGAAAUCUUCUUGACUAG